CCCCGUCUUCUCCCUCCCGGGCCAGGCCAGCCAUGUCCUCAAAAGGGCAGCCCCCGCGGCGGCUGCUGCCUGCAAAUCCCAAUAAAGCCACUGCAGAAAGGAAGCGGGCAAAAGCCGCCUCGCCUUCCCUUCUACUCCUACACAACCCGCCGGUCCUCCCUCUGCCCCGCUCUGUCACCUUUGACUCCCCCCAUCCCGGUCUCCUCCUCUCCAUUCCGCUCCCAUCACCACCACCGGCCAAGCAAACACACUGCACAUUUCAGUUCAGACAGUCCAAGAACAGCGCCACCAAAGAAACGAAAGGCCGCUGUUCUUGCUGCUGCCGUUCUUGCUCGGGUAGGAUAGGAGAGCUCCCUGCCGCUGGUUGAUCAACAGAGGCGCGGCUGCGACUGCGAGCAGACGGGCGGGCGGCAUGGUGAGCUCGCUGCCUCUGUUCUUGCUGCUGCUGCUAUCUGCAGCCAGCUUCGGCGACGGCGUGAGGCUCGGCAAUGGCGGCUACGAGGACUGGAGGCUCGGCACCGCCACCUACGUCAAGGAGUCCCAGUCGCACCCUCUCAACGACGGUGGUGGCGCCUGCGGUUACGGCGACCUGGACAUCUUCAGGUACGGCCGGUACACGGCGGGGCUGAGCGCGGCGCUGUUCGGCCGCGGCAGCGCCUGCGGCGGCUGCUACGAGCUCCGGUGCGUCAACCACAUCCAGUGGUGCCUCCGGGGCAGCCCCACGGUGGUGGUGACGGCCACGGACUUCUGCCCCGCCAACAUGGGCGUCGCCGACGAGGUGGCCGGCGGCUGGUGCAACUUCCCGCGGGAGCACCUCGAGCUGUCGGAGGCCGCCUUCCUCCGCGUCGCCAAGGCCAAGGCCGACAUCGUGCCCGUGCAGUUCCGGAGGGUGAGCUGCGACAGGGCGGGCGGCAUGCGGUUCACCAUCACCGGCAGUGCUCACUUCCUGCAGGUGCUGAUCACCAACGUGGCGGCGGACGGCGAGGUGACGGCCGUGAAGGUGAAAGGGUCGAGGACGGGGUGGAUCCCGAUGGGACGGAACUGGGGCCAGAACUGGCAGUGCGACGCCGACCUCCGCGGCCAGCCACUGUCGUUCGAGGUCACCGGCGGGAGGGGCAGGACGGUCACCGCCUACAGUGUCGCGCCAGCGGACUGGAUGUUCGCGCAGACGUUUGAGGGAAAGCAGUUCGCCGAGUAGACGUCGAAAAACCAGUCUCCGGUCGACGGUGGUGAAUGUAAAGUAGAAUUAUAAGAAUUAUACAGGUGGGUAAUUCUUGCUGGGUUCAGGUCGCGAGUCGUUAUUAUAAGAAUUAUAAGAAAGUGACAGUCCAAAUACGUGCAUUAUGGCA